CAGUUUCUUUUUUAAAAUUCACAACACUUUCGACACUUCUCCGUGGCCGUGAGAACCUUAAUUGAUUUUCAGUUCGACGACUCCACGAAAAUGGAAAAUUCAGAAAAUGUUCCCUCUUACGAUCAAAACAACAACUUCACUCCUCAUUUGACGAGAGAUCAAGAACAUGUGAUCAUGGUCACUGCUUUGCGACAAGUGAUCGGAGGUGACACUCCAUCACCCAACUCGAAUGCAUGGGAAGCUCAUCUUCCACCUUUGAAUGCUGGUCCUUGUCCUCUUUGUAGUAUCACCGGCUGCUACGGUUGCGUCUUCCCACGACACGAAGAGAUCAUAAUUAGGAAGGAGAAGAAGCACAAAGGAGUGAGGAAAAAGCCAUCAGGUAAAUGGUCGGCGGAGAUAUGGGAUCCGAGUUUGAAAGUAAGGAGAUGGCUUGGAACGUUUCCAACAGCGGAGAUGGCGGCUAAGGCUUACAACGAUGCGGCGGCUGAACUUGUCGUAAGAAGACCAGCUAGACGUGACACAAAGAACGGAGAGGAAGCAUCUACCUCUACCAAGAAGACGACGGUGGAAGAUGACUGAGAAAAAUUAACGGAGGAGAAGCACGUGAAGGUUAUUCAUGAGGAAGAAGCAUCUUUACUUGCUUCACAAGUAAUUUAUAAAUUGUUUGAAUAGUAAAACGUUAUUUUGCAA